ACAGAGAAGCCCAUGCAGAGUUUGGUCUAGGCAGCACCUAACAGACAGUGAAGUUUCAUCUGUCUGCAAUCAGGAUGGCAACAAAAGGACAUCUUUCUACCCCAGUGUUGUGGCUGCUUCUCCUCUCCGUUCAGGUCUCCCUGGGUGAUGACGAAUUGAGGCUGGCAAAUGGAACUAGACCCUGCUCUGGGAGAGUGGAAGUAAAACAUCUGGAGCAGUGGGGAACUGUGUGUGAUGGUGACUGGACCAUAAAAGAUGCUGAGGUUGUUUGUAAGCAGCUACGAUGCGGAUUUGCUCUUCAGGCCCUUAAUCGAGCUCCUUUUGGAGAAGGAUCUGGACCAACGUGGUUGUAUCGACUUGAUUGCCGUGGUGAUGAAUCCGCUCUCUGGAAUUGCUCACAUGCAGGAUGGGGUGUUUUUACCUGCCCUCAUUACUUUGAUAUUGGAGUGGUCUGCUCAGGUUUCUCUAGGCUGCGUCUGACUGGAGGGGACACUGCCUGCUCAGGACAUCUGAAAGUACAGCAAGAAGAAACUUGGGCUACGGUCUGUUUUUCACACAUUGAUUUCAAAACUGCCUCUGUUAUAUGUAAUGAGUUAGAAUGUGGCCAGCCUGUGGAUAUCUUGAGAGGAACUCACUUUGGAGACAGACAUGAACUGAUCUGGCAAGAAGAGUUUCACUGUGUAGGGAAUGAGACUCGCCUUGCACAGUGUCCCAGGAUGCUGCACCAUAAUAAGACAUGCUCUUAUGAUGCCACUGUUGUAUGUUCAGGCUAUGGUGGGUACAGGCUGGCAAAUGGCAGCACCAGGUGUUCAGGGAGAGUAGAGCUUCUUCAUGGAGGCACGUGGGGAACCCUGUGUGACUACCUGUGGGAUUUACCAGCUGCCGACACCCUCUGCCAGCAGCUGGACUGUGGAAUUGCCCUAAUGAUACCAGAUGGACAGUCCUUCGGGAAAGGAAAUGGAUCUGUCUGGAACGGCACAUUCAGCUGCAAGAAGAAUGGCUCACGCCUGAGAGACUGCCUUGUGAGUGUGCUAGGUCAUGAUGAAUGCCCUGCUGGAAAAGAUGCUCGUGUGGUGUGUUCAGGGUGCCCAGGUGUCAGGUUGGUGAACGGCACCACAUGCUCUGGCAGAGUGGAGGUCCGCCAUGGAGACACGUGGGGAAGACUCUGCCGCUCUCGCUGGAAUUUGCAAGCUGCCAGCGUUCUCUGUCAUCAGCUGAACUGUGGCUAUGCAAAGUCAAUCCAGACAGGAGACCACUUCGUGGAUGGGGAUGGGCCCGUAUGGAGAGAUGCUUUUCACUGUGAAGGGACAGAGUCCUGCCUAUGGGAUUGUGCUCAAGUGACUUUGGGCAAUCCAGCCUGUUCAGCCAGAGAAGCAGCCACUGUUAUUUGCUCAGGUCUUGCUGAACCACUCAGACUCUCAGGUGGUGAAAGCCGCUGUGAUGGGCGAGUUGAGAUCUCACUCCAUGGCAUGUGGAGGAGAGUCCUGGAUGAUGACUGGAACAUUAAGGAUGCUCAUGUGGUAUGCAGACAGCUCCAGUGUGGAACUGCUGAGAAAGCCUAUUACCUUCCAAGGUCUGAGCGAGGCAUGGGUCCUGUUGGCUUAAGAAGUGUCCAGUGUGCUGGAAAUGAGACUCAGCUGAUGCUCUGUAACACCUCCUGUUCUCAGACAGUGCCAACAGGAGUUGCUGAAGACAUUGGUGUGUUUUGCUCAGGUAGCAGACAGAUCAGGCUGGUGAAUGGAACAAACCGCUGUGCUGGGAGAGUAGAGCUUUAUCAUGAUGGCAUCUGGGGCACCGUCUGUGAUGAUAACUGGGAUCUAUCAGAUGCUAAUGUUGUUUGCAAACAGCUGGGAUGUGGACACGCCAUCAAGGAAUUUGUCUCUGCUCAUUAUGGUGAAGGCUCAGGACAUAUCUGGCUGGAUGAUGUGAACUGCACUGGGGCUGAAUCUGAUCUCUGGGCAUGUCCCUCUAGGGCAUGGGGCCAGCACAACUGCCAACACAAAGAGGAUGCAGGAGUCCUGUGCUCAGAGUUCCUGUCUCUGAGGCUCGUGAAUGGCAAUGGCUGUGCUGGGCGGCUAGAAGUUUUCUACAAUGGGACAUGGGGGAGCAUUUGCUCCAAUCGUAUGUCUCAACUCACUGCAAUAACUGUAUGCAAACACCUGAACUGCGGAGGCGAUGGGGAAAUCGCAGGAGACUUCAAAUAUGGCAGAGGUUCUGGGCCCAUGUGGCUGGACCACAUUGAGUGUACUAAGCAACAUAGCUCUCUCUGGCAAUGUCAGUCAGACCCCUGGAAUCCUCAGUCGUGUGAUAACCGAGCAGAAGAGACCCAUAUUUCUUGCACUGGAAGAAAACAGGCAACGUCUCCAGCCACAUUUGCUGAGUGUCCAAACUCUACGAGUUGUUCAGACAGGGAGAAGUUACGAGUCAUAGGAGGAGAGGACGGAUGCUCAGGCAGAGUAGAGAUUUGGCACCAAGGUUCUUGGGGAACAGUCUGUGAUGAUUCCUGGGACGUGGCAGAUGCUAAUGUUGUAUGCAGGCAGCUGGGUUGUGGAUCUGCUGUGUCUGCUCUGAGUGAAGCUGCCUUUGGGGAAGGGACUGGUCCCAUCUGGUUGGAGAAGGUGCACUGUAAAGGAACAGAGCUGUCUCUUUGGGACUGUCCUGCCAAGCCCUUGUUCGGCAAAAACUGUGAUCAUAAGGAAGAUGCUGCUGUGAAUUGCUCCGGUAUGACAGAAACAACAGCAUCACCCACUAGAGCAGAUCUUCCCCGCCGCCCUGCCACAGAGAGUAUGAGAAUUUCAACGCCUGUCAUCUUCUGCAUUAUCCUGGGGGCCCUUCUCUGCCUGGUCCUUGCCAUUCUUGCCAGACAGAUCCGAAGUGCCAGGGCACAACAGAGAGGCUCCAGACUGUCCUAUGACCCCUUCUCUGAGGCUGUCUAUGAAGAGAUCGACUAUAACGUGAUGAGAGAAAAGCAGGGCAUGACUGGCCUCUCAGAUUCUUAUUCAGAGAGUUCAAAACCAAAGGCACAGUUUUACAGUGGGGACAGUGAUGAAGAAAAUGAUCCUGGAGCAACUCAAGAGGUCUCUCCACUGCCUGGAAAUGCCCUGGAAGAUGGUUAUGAUGAUGUGACAGAAGUUCCUGGACCUAAAGAUGCUUCUCUUUCUGGGCAGAAUGAACAGGAAAUCAUUGGGAUCCCUCAAGAACAUGACAGAAACAAGGAUGCACGGACAGACUGGAGUCCUAAUGUGUCAGGAAGCAGGACCUCUGAGGCUGCAAGACAUUCAUCCCCUGCUCUUGAAGAUACGGGCUAUGAUGACAUUGAAGAGCUAGGACAGUGAUAGAGGUUGCUGAGCUAUACACAGGACAGCUUUCUGGAGAUUGUUAGGAAUGGAGACUGAACUGCAAGAAAAUCAUCAAAGUUCUGUUUCAUCUUUUGGAUAUUCUUACUUGUCACACAGAAUGUGAGGACUAGAAUUAAUUUUCUAGAUAGUGCUUUGUGAGAUGAGAAACUCAGCAAGAAGUUAUUCUUGUCCUCACUUUAGAUGCAGCUCUGCCAUUUGAAUUAUGUACAAGAGAAUCACACAUUCGAUUGGAGGGAAAAGCUUCUCUUCUCUUUCCUCCCUCCAUAGCAUGAUGACUUAUUGUCUCCCAAAGUCAUACCAAUUACAUAGUAAGAGAAAGUUUAAUUUCUUUCCAUAAAUGGCAAGUGAUGGUCAUACCUAUACAUGCCUGUCAUGUCAUUUCUUUUAAUCGUAUCAAGGCAGACUGAAAAAGUCCACAUGUUGAUGGAAUAGAAGUUGAAGUAUUGUUGUCUUGGCUCAUAAUGAAAUUUCUUUCAGGUCUUGAAACAAAAAGCCUCCCUUGCAUUCUGUCAUCUCUCUUGGACUCCACUUAUCCCUCAAAACCUGAGCCCUACCCUUCCAGUAGGCACUCCCUCUCCACCCAAGAAAGCUGCUAAUUUAUUCAAGAAUGUGAAGGAAAUUUUUUAUAAACCUUAUUCAGAUCAACUAAGUAUCUCAAAAGAAAAAGGUCUGAAACUUCAACAUGGGUAUGAUUUUUGGCAUCAGAGGUUAAAUGUAGUGGAAAUGCAGGCUGUUGAGAAUUUGCCUAGAGCAUGCCAGUGUAAUGAUGUGUCUAGAAGAAAUACCUGCAAGAGUCACCAUAAACUAGAUGAGACUUAUUUGUACAUAAAAACAACAGUUGUUCUAGCCAUCACGAUACAUCAAGAAAUGCGAGUUUGUCCCAGACAGCUGAGAAAACACACAGACAAGCAAAUCCUUUCCCAAACAAUCUCACUAUCCUCAUUAGCCCAGCAUCAGGACACCUUACAACACUGUGCCAAGGACUGAGGCAGAAGAGAUUGCACUGAGAUGAACUGAAUACUUCUUUGUAUUCAGUGAGUAUCCUGGCAAAUCUAUGCUUCCCUGGCUGUCUCCCUCUCCGCACAGAAUGAAGUGAGAUCAAUAUCACGAGAGCACAGGAGUACUCUGUACUGCUAUGAUUCUGUGAUGCAUAGGAUGUUUCUAUCUGUGUAACUUUAUCCUUUCCAAGCCAGAUGGGAAGUAGUGAGGAGGAAAUUCAAAAGGAAAGACAAGUCUGGCAAAGACAAGACACUUUGUUAAAAGAAAUCCUAAGGGAAAGGAACCACCUUAACGUUUAGCUCCAGGCAAGAGUGGUUUACUUCUUCCCUGGUUAAACCUAGGAUCACAGGAGGACAUAAAGCCAUCGCAGCAGCCAAGUCUUUGAGAAAAGAAUUCUUACUGAUUGUUUCUCCUGCAGCAUCAGCAAGACCUGACAGGCAUGCUACAGGCAUGCUGUGAGACACAGAAGGAGAGAAACACAUAUAUCCAUGUAAUUUAACUGCAUCACGCCAUCUGCUUUUCCUGGCUCACUAAUAGAAAAACUAGAGGGGAAAUAGAGAGUGUUUGCCAGGAAUAGGAAAAGGCAGCAGAAACUGACAGGGGCAACCAAUUCUGCGCCAGAAAUAGGUGUAGCAGACUACUUAUCCCUGUCAGAAUUACCGAUACAGAACAGGACAUCCCCUCCCUGGGUGCACUGGGCUGGGCUCCAGCGACCGGGAAGGAGGAAUCCCCUGGGCAUCAGAGAUGGCAACAACUGAUGUCAUUGGCAUGAUCCAGUUCAGCUGAGUACUCCCCAGGUGACCAUAUAUAAGGGCAUAUAAUCCUCAUUGUGGCAAGUGGACUGAUCUUGGAAAUAUGCCCACAGUGUUCAAAUUUGUAACCAAAAGCCUACAGCAUUAUGGAUGCACCUGAAUGGGACCUGUCCAAUGAAAUUUUUAGGAUAAUUGGAGUAAUCGGUUUGAAAGCAUAUUAACAGAACACAAGAAUAAUAAGAGACGUAAAGUGGCUUAACUGUGUGUCCUGGUUUUGGCUGGGAUAGAGUUAAUUUUCUUUCUAGUAGCUGGUACAGUGUUAUGUUUUGGAUUUAAUAUGAGAAGAAUGUGAUAACACACUGAUGUUUUCAGUUGUUGCUAAGCA